GUUAGUCAGACUGCCGUCGUCGCUUGCUCGCUGUCUCCUCGGUCUACCGCUGUCCCUAUACAUUGGGCAGCAGAAAUGAGCUCGCCGACACCGCAAGCCGUGCCUACCGGCCGGGACGACGAACGGCAGCCGUUGCUCACACAGUCCGAGCCGCCACCAUACGACGUCAACGUUGCAGAGGAUGAAGAGACCGCGAACGUCCUGCCAGAGGAGAAGAAACCGAAGUGGUCAUGGGGAUGGAUAGCAUGGUACUCCUUCCUGAUCAUAGGCGGGGUAUUCCUCCUUGCCAUGUUCAUCAAGGGGUUCAUCGAUGCAGGGGAUGUCGACUUCGACUUCAAAAAGGCCCUGAAGGACGCCCUGGGCGGAGGCCUCAGCGGGGCGGCUGCCAUGGUGCUUCAGGUCUUGACCUUGAUGCCGCUCCGGACGGUAAUGAACUACCAGUACAGAUACGGUACCACAACUACGACAGCGAUCAAGACGCUGUAUCAUGACGGAGGCUGGACACGAUACUACCAGGGGUUGACUGCAGCUUUGGUGCAGGGCCCCGUCGCACGCUUUGGAGACACUGCCGCGAACGUCGGCAUCCUCGCUCUGCUUGAGUCAAACAGCUACAUGAAGGAGCUGCCGUCGCUGAUCAAGACUGUAUUUGCGUCGCUCCUGGCUGCGGCGUUCCGUAUCAUCCUCACUCCCGUCGAUACCGUGAAGACGACGCUUCAGGCCCAGGGCAAGCCUGGCAUGCAAAUCCUGAAGGACAGAAUCAAGAAGUAUGGAAUAACUACGCUAUGGUACGGCGCGCUUGCUACCGCCGCCGCUACUUUUGUCGGACAUUAUCCAUGGUUUGGCACGUACAACUUCCUGCGCGAAAACAUCCCCGUCCCGCACGCCCUCUUCUGGCAGCUCGUCCGCCAGGCCUUCAUCGGCUUCGUCGCAUCUAUCGUCUCCGACACCGUGUCGAACUCCCUGCGCGUCGUCAAGACAUACCGCCAAGUGAACGACACGCGCAUCGGGUACAUGGAAGCUGCUGAGGCGGUCAUCGCCACCGAUGGGUUGAGGGGGCUCUUCGGGCGAGGCUUGAAGACGAGGAUUCUGGCGAACGGGUUGCAGGGGCUGAUGUUCUCGGUCCUGUGGAAGCUGUUCUUGGAUUUGUGGAACGACAACACGAAGUAGGAACGGAGUGCAAUUUCUGAUUUCCUGGAUUGGGAUUCGCUCCGAGUCUGAUGGUUUCAUUGCACAAUGUCCAUAUUCAUCAUCGGUGAUUCAGAUGUAUAAUACCUGCUCCUAGGUUGUGUAGUGCUGCUACUCGUAGAUAUGGGAUCUUCUUCUCGCUCUUGGAAGCAAUAGCGCGUUUGCCA